GCUGCUCCCCUGACCUGGCCCUGAAAAACACAUGAAAAUAUACAGAUUUGAUACGGGAUUAGUAGAAACUCAUAGGAUUGAUAUCAACCGCAACCACAGCAUCCUUGGUACAACUCUUGACACUUUCACAUCCCACGGCUCAGUUCCUUUCUCGCUUAUUGCUCAAUCUUUCAGUUUAGUUAUGACACAGUCAGUCCACAUUUUAGUUUUUCUGCAAAAUGUGUGUUUCAUUAUAUCAAAGAAUUUGGCACAACCAACAAGAUUUUUUAAAAUAGUUACAUUAAAAGAAGACAGAGGCAUCACCCCGUUAUAAAAAACAUAGCUUUUAAUAGCACUGAGCCGGCGUUUCAGACAAAACAUGGCAGAAGACCAUCAGGGAGUUACAGGGCUUACAGGCUUGUUGCCAUGACAACAGAGGAGCCCUUCUCCCUCUCUCUCUUUAAUGCACGCACACACACACACACACACGCACACACACGCUCUGUCUGUCUCUGUUGUACACACACACACAUAUAUACAGUAUUACAGUGGAAUCCGCCUUGCUUUGAGAUCUGUGCUCUGCUAUUGGAGGCAGGAAAAAUACAGCAGCGAGCGCAGGGAUACUCCACAUCUUCACAUCUGCUUUGGAUGCUCCAAAUGAGUGUUCCUGCGAGCACGGCACAGAAGUCAGACAGCAACAACGGUGACAUGCAAUCGGCCGCGGUGGCCCCCUCCUUCCUCCCCAGCCAGUCGGGGAAGAUACAGGGCAGGAAGAGAGGGAGACCCCCGCUCCGCAAUGUCGCCAAGAUGGAUUUCCCCAGCCGCUACCCCGAGUCGCUGCCUCCGCUCAAAGUGCCAAAGAAGAGGGGGAGAAAGCCCGGCUUCAAGCUCAAACCCAGGAUGGUGAUGACGCCGCUGGCGAUUUCUCCGCCCAGCAGCACCCCUGAGCCCGACAUGAGCUCCAUUCCUCAGGAUGCCGCCACCAUCCCCCACUCCGCCACGCCCCAGGUGCUCACAGUCUGCAUCUACAUCAACAAGCAGGCCAACACGGGCCCCAACCUGGACAGAAAGAAGAUCCAGCAGCUGCCCGAUCACUUCGGGCCCGACCGGCCGUCCGUGGUGCUGCAGCAGGCGGUCCAAGGCUGCAUCGACAGCGCCUUCCAGCAGAAAACGGUGUUCACGCUCCUCACACAAGGCUACGGGGGAGAAAAGAUAUCAGGUGUUGUACAACGACCCCCUUCAGCCACAUUUGACGGGAAGCAACACCUUCUGAGCCUCCCCGUGGUGAACAGCAUCGACUAUGUGCUCCGCUUCCUGAAGAAGCUCUGUCGCAGCCUGCACUGUGAAAACCUCUUCAGCGAUCAGCCCAUUAGCCAGCACAGUGGCUCCUACCAGUCCGAUGCGGAGACCUCCGUGGCGGAGGACUACCACUUGGACCAGUCGGACGGCAAGCGCUACUCCGUGGACCCCGGCGACUCCGCCUUCGGCUCCAUCAGCUCGUCCUACUCGCCCAAACCCUCCUACGGGUUCCGCUCGUCGCAGCAGUUCUCCAGCGGCUCGGCCUCCAUGAGCAUGUGCCGGCCGUCGGCCACCAGCCCGAGCACCUUCCCGGAGAGCAACAGGACAGGGGGUUACAAUGCGUCUCCAGAGUCUCAGGAGUCCAAGGCUCCGCCCAAUAAAGACCCUGCCACCUGGUCUGUGGAGGAUGUGGUGUGGUUCAUCAGGGAUGCAGACCCCCAGGCCCUCGGCCCCCAUGCGGACAUCUUUAGAAAACACGAGAUCGAUGGAAACGCCUUGUUGCUCCUCAAGAGCGACAUGAUCAUGAAGUACCUGGGCCUGAAGCUGGGGCCGGCCUUGAAGCUCUGCUACCACAUCGACAAGCUAAAGCAGACCAAGUUCUGAAAAGCCUGCGUGCGGUCUCCAGCCCCCACCGCGAAUCCAGCGGCGCAUGUGAGAAGGGUUAUGUGUGGGGAGCCCAGGUCUGUAACUGUAGCUUGUAAAACUACGACACAAAUGAAACAAAGACGCAUAAGGAAGCGACACAAAGCAAGCAUGUUCAAGUACUACUAGCAAAAUACAACUAGCAGGAAGAAUUUAUCAUUAAGGUGCUAAAGAGCAGCAUUAGUGCAAGGCUAAAAUCGAACACGUCAGCUAAUAUGAAUUUGAGCAGCUCUGACAUCAGCUGCAUUUCCUGUAACGUCAGCCAGGAAGUGUUUUUUAAAGGCAUUUAGCUCAGCGUUUCUUUAACACACUAUAAUAAGAGUAUUCAGAUAUUUUUUUACCAGAAAGAUAAUGUUACACUAAGAGUACUUGAACCUGCAAUACAAUUUUUGGAGAUUUUACAUUAAAUUAAUUAAAUAUGUCAAAGUUGUCAGCACGCAGUUUUCUACAGAGCAAUAUCCUUAUUCAGUUCUUCUAAAAUAGGGCGGACGAUUUGCUCUUUUAGCUCUGUUUUGGUCUCCACCACUGCCUGAGGAGCUGAUCUCUCACUUUAGCUACCUGCUCAAACCCCACUAGCAGCCGCCUGCUGCUCGGUGUUGGUGUGCAGAGGGCAGCUGUGCUAAUACAUGGUGCUAAGAGUGGUGAUACGGAACCAAAAACACUAGAAAUAAGGAAUAAAUGCACACGUAUAAAUGCUCAAAUCAAGCUAGAUGACUAGUCCUCCUUUCCAGUCUUACCUGCAGACCUGGAGUCCCCAGAUGUCUUUCUUUCUCCUAUCAUAUCCCGAGAAUAAGAAAAUAUUUCUUCCCACAGACGUCAUGAACAGCACAUCUGUCUACUACACGCAGUUUGAUUAUAUACAGUCAAUAUCUCACUGGAAAUGUAUAACAGAAACUCUCUAUACCUUGAGACUACUACCACCUUGUUAAAUCACACUAUAUGCUCACAUUUACUCGCCAAGCUGAAAACAACUAUUACCGUACUGCAAAUACUACAUUGCUUUUUAAUUGAGAAAUUUAGAAAAGCAUUUUGAUACUAUUUUUUCACAUUACUGUGCAAGAAAAAGUAAUGUUCCUGUUGAAUUUGUCAUGCCUUUUUAUUAUUUUUUAAUAUUAAACAACAGUAUAAACUGAACAGACCUGGGCGACAGCAGCUUACGCGUCGGGACCUGAAAAACGAGAGCAUCGUGAACGUGUUAUAUUUAUGUUUCGAUAUGCAAGAUUGCCACAUGCCAGUUAUCUCCAUGGAAACUCACACAGUAUGAGCAUUUUUUUUAGGAUUCAUAUGCUGUUAAUACACGUUGUCAGAACCAGUAAGAAAACCCAACCGGCCGUGUACAUUGCUUUUGUAUGCCACCUCUGGUGUACAGUAUGCAUCCUUUUGUAAUCAGUUAACCUUUGUAAGUGAAUGCUGCUGUAAAGAUAUUCCACGUAAGCCAUGCCUAGUGAGAUCGAGAGGUUCCGAGUAAGCAGAGUGGAUCAGUACUCUACGCUGGUGCUAAAAAAACACAUCUAUGUAUUUAACUGUUUGCUUUUGUGUUUGUGAGAUGUUAAGGAAAGUUUAUGCGUAUACUGUACUGUGAGUAUUAAAUUAAAACUCCAUGUGUUUGA